AAACACCGGAGCACAUACGCAGGUCGAUUUAUCAACUCAUUUCCCCCCGCCGUCCCGAUCUCCCGUCUCCCUCCCCGGCUCGUGCCAUCCCCACGCCACCGCCGCCUCCGCCUCAAAAGAUCUGCCAUCCCCCGGAUAACAGCCGGGGUUCUCGGGAUUUGACCUGCUCGGUCGUCGCGAUGAGCUGCGGUGGGAACAACGCGUGGCUGCUGGACUACGGCCUCGUGGAGGAGGAGAUCCAGGGCUCCGAGUUCAUCUACAUGGUCGACGACCCGCCCGUCUCCAGCGUGAUAUUGGGGUUUGAUGCUCCCAGAAGGGACGACGGUGGCCAGGACAACUCCGGCGCCAAGAAGAGAUCCCGUCCAGAGUCGAGCGCACCGCCUGGCACCAAGGCCUGCCGCGAGAAGCUCCGGCGAGACAGGCUCAACGAAAGGUUCAAUGAGCUCUGUGCAGUCUUGGAACCCGGGAAACCGCCCAAGGCCGACAAGGUCGCCAUCCUCAGCGACGCCGCUCGCCUCCUGGAACAGCUGCGUGCUGAGGCUGAGAAGCUCAAGACGUCGAACGAGUCGCUGCAGGACUCCAUCAAGAGCCUCAAGUCAGAGAAGUCGGAGCUGCGAGACGAGAAGACGAAGCUGAAGGCGGAGAGGGAGAGGCUGGAGCAAAUGCUCAAGGGCGUCAGCGCUGCGGCCGCUCCACAACAGUUCAUGCCGCACCCGGCUGCCAUGGCGCCACCACACUUCCACCCGGCGGCAGCGUAUGCGCAGGCCGGCAAGUUCGUCCCUGCUUACGCCGCAGGCUACCCACCGCCGGCCGCGUUCUGGCAGUGGAUACCGCCGACGUCGCUGGACACGUCCAAGGAUUCAGCGCACUGGCCGCCGGUUGCGUGAUCAGCUCGAUCACGUACGGCGUCAAUCAUCAGGACGCAUGUGCUGAACUUGCUCUUGGUGUAGAAGUUUGACAAAAGCACACGCCCGAAGAUAGCAUUGGGUGCUGGUGAUUGUGUAGCGAUUUCUAUGAUUGUGGUGUGGAUAUAAUGAUCCAGGGUCACCUGAUAGAGAUACUGGGUGAUCAUUGCUCAUUGGAUCAGUCAAUGUAACAGCUCUAAUGUUGUAGUUAUGAAGAUGAUUCAUAAAUAGGACGGUGCUUAUAG